AUGGUGGACAUUACUGAUAAAUCUGUGGUCUGUGAAGAGAACCAGAUUCCUGUUCCUGAAGAUAAGCUCAAAGAAGAACAAAAGAUGGAAUUUGAAGAGCUGGUGGAGAAAUUCAAACGUGAAUGCCUCAAGUCGUACAGCAUCAACAGAUCUGGCGAAGUGAUCAAGAAGUUUGAUCUUCCAACUUUCCAGCCAUUGACAGAGGCUCAACAUGAGAACAAGAUGAUGGAUGCAGUUGGCCAAGCUGUAGCACAAGCUUUCAUCAAGAGUGCAACAGUCAUGGGCAAUACAGUUCACAAUGCGGUGGUCAAGACUUUAGCUGAAGGAGUGGAAGAAGCCGCGACCUCCUUCCCCGCGGGGGUCGUCCUCCCUGCGCCUGCCAUCCCCGCUGCCGCCUUCGUAGCCGCGGCCGCCUUCCCCGCGCGGGUCUUCGUCCCCACGCCCGACGUCCCCGCGGCCGCCUAUGUAGCCGCGGGUGCCUUCCCCGCGCGGGCCUUCUUCCCCGCGAUUGCCUUCCUAGCCGCGGCCGCCAUCCCUGCACCCACUGAUGUACCCGCGCCCGCCUUCUUCCCCGCGCCCGAUUAA